CACACGGGUUUCCAUGGCGACGCGGAAGGAGGGGUUGCCCUACACCCACCGGAAACGGUCGCUGCAGUGCCAGCAGAAAAUGUAAAGGAGGCAGACUCGAUAUCGCUUUCACUGAGUUUCUUUCUCACAUAUCACCGUGCACUCAUGCGUGUUGAAUACAACAAUCGUGCGGAAACAGUGCGGAGACACCCGAUGGCAUGACCGGACUCUUGUGUGCGCGGUUUGAUGAAGUAGUGCACCGACUGUUUUGGAAACAUCUCACCGGCCGGGAGUAGACCGUGUGGGUGAAGGCAGAGCGGCCCUGCCCCCUUCAAUGACCAACCAUCAGUGCUAGCGAUAAAAGCAUCGCUGGCGACACCGCAGCCAUGGAAGGCUACCAUGAGUAUUCUUAGGAAGUAUUAUUGCUGAACUCUUGGCCCGUAUUAUAACGGAUUCAGUAUGCCCGACCGGUGGUCCUCCAUGAGGCUCUCUGUUGCCUGAUAUUAACGUUUCAGGCCUGCUUUUUCCAUCUGGAAAUUUCUUGGCAGGGGAAAGCAGGCCAGCUAGCACCGCUAGCGCUAGCCUUUUCCGCGCCGCAUCUCCGGGCUGCUACGGUGCAGGUUUUCCAUGACCACACCACUGACAUUGUUGUCUAUCAAUCUGAGGACUUUUUAACUCCAAAAAAUAUUUUAUGGGAUUCAUAUCGGCGAAGGAGAAGCGGGCCUAAGCCAAAAUGGUGAACUGGAGGCGGCUGCUGCGAAUGUCCAACCGAUCAUUUCUGGCCUUCAUAUUCUUCUUCUCCAUGUCCACCACUUGUCUCUACUUCAUUUAUGUGGCCCCUGGAAUAGCCAACACAUACUUCUUCAUGGUGCAGGCUCAGGGCAUCAUGCUGAGGGACAAUGUGAGGACCAUUGGCCAGAUGAUUCGAUUGUACACUAACAAGAACAGUACACUCAACGGGACGGACUAUCCUGAUGGCAGUAACUCCAGUGAGUACCUGGUCCAGCCAACCACGUACCUCCCUGAGAACUUCACCUAUGCCCAGAACCUCCCCUGCCCAGAACGAUUACCUUCUAUGAAGGGCCUUAUAGAAGUGAACAUGACAGAAAUCCCUAUGGAGGAGAUAGAACUGAAGUUCUCCAAAUUUUUUGACAUUGAAUUUGGAGGCCAUUGGAAACCAAAGGACUGCAGACCUCGUUGGAAGGUGGCCAUCCUGAUUCCAUUUAGAAACCGCCAUGAACAUCUCCCAAUCCUCUUCCAGCACCUCAUCCCCAUACUGCAGAGACAGCGGCUGCAGUUUGCCUUCUACGUCAUCGAACAGAGUGGGAGUCAGCCCUUCAACAGAGCCAUGCUGUUUAACGUGGGGUUCCUGGAGGCCAUGAAGGACUUGGACUGGGACUGCUUGAUCUUCCAUGAUGUUGACCACAUCCCAGAGAACGACCGAAACUACUACGGCUGUGGUCAGAUGCCACGCCACUUUGCUGCCAAACUGGACAAAUACAUGUACAUUCUUCCAUAUAGCGAGUUCUUUGGUGGUGUAAGUGGACUCACUGUGGAGCAGUUCCGCAAGAUUAAUGGCUUUCCCAAUGCAUUCUGGGGCUGGGGAGGAGAGGAUGAUGACUUGUGGAACAGGGUUCACUAUGCUGGUCUGAAUGUCACACGGCCAGAGGGAGAGAUCGGCAAGUACAAGUCCAUUCCUCACCACCACAGAGGAGAGGUGCAGUUCCUUGGGAGGUAUAAACUGCUGAGGUAUUCCAAAGAGCGGCAACACUUGGACGGCCUCAACAACCUCCAUUACAGCCCCCACAUCUCCCUCAGCAGCCUGUACAAGAACAUCACGGUGGACCUGCACCCUGAGCUCGCUCCCAUUGCAGACUACUGAAGUGCCCCCACCCACCAUCCCACGCCCCCACCCCCACCCAAAUCCUGGCCCACGGUCCCCAGCUAACCCAGCUCCCCUCCGGUCUGGCGUCCCAGUGCGCCCCCCGCCCUCAUCCCCGUUCAGAGGGAGGGCAGAGGAUGGGGUGAGGGGGUGGUGGCGGCGGCACAGGCCAGGAGUGGUGAAGAGGCGCACCAUGUAAUGCUGCCAAGAAAUUUUAGAGAGGAAACAACAACAACAAAAAAAAGAAAAAGAAAAUCCAAAUGGAAACAAAAAAGAGGAAAAAAAAAAAUGAAGAGGCAUUGGAAGCCUCUCAAAGCGAACUGUUGAUUGUGUGUGUCAGUGAAUCUGUGUGCGUGCGUGCGUGUGUGUGUGUUUGUGUGUGUGUGAGAGAGAGAUGGGUGAGUUGCUGCAUGUCUUUUUGUCCGUGCCGGCUUUACUACUACAAGUCUACUAUGAGUCUUGGUUUAGAUUGGAGGGAGCAGCAGCAUCUCAGCUCUGGUGUUUACUGCAAAGCCUUAAUGUGGCAGAACCACAGCUCCCUCGGCUCGGCUCGGCUCGGCUCGGCUCCGCACUGCUUCACUUCUGAUGUAUCACCGUCACCUUACAAGCCAACAGACAAGAUCUUGUCUCACUUUCUACUAUCAUUUGUUUUAUACAUAUCAUUUUGUUAGGCCACAGUAUUCCUUUUAAAGGAGGGAUCUGAACGAGGUCGAUGUUAAUGUUUGUGAUGUAUACUUUUUUUUUUUUUAAUUAUUUUUUAAUUUACAUAUAUGGUUAUUUAUUUUCUCUGAUUCAGGAUGUUUGAAGAAGCACUCCUGUCUGCGUUACUCAAGUGUUUGCUGUUUGUUUCGCUGCACUGCUGCUGAAUCCGCAUGAACAUGUAUGUAAAUAUCGGCCUCUUCAAGCUCGAACACAGAACACUAAUAUGUAAAUAUGGGCCUUUAAAUGCUCGGGCAUAUUAACAGUGAUAUUCCAGUGGGUUUGAAUUUUAUUUUGGCAGCUACCUUCGUUAUGAGGAUUUACUAGGAGUGAGUGGUUUCUUCCUAACAGGAAGAUCUUCUAACAAUAUAAGAUGUUUGGCUUUAAAAGAAAAGAAAAAAAAAAAAGGAAUAUCCAAAUCUUGAGAUUUGACAUUAUUUUUUUGCAUGCCUUAAUUUAUUUUGUUUACCAAGUUUUUUUUUCUUCUUCUUCUUCUUUUCAAACAUAAGUUAUUUCAUCAGUUGGAGAUGUGUAUAUUUUUAAAUUUGCCUUUUGUUGUGCUUUUUAUUUUUUUUUUCUCUCCUUUUGAGGUGCACUGUUUGAAAAGAGGAGAGCUGCUCCUCAGAGGGAGGGAGGGAGGGAGGGAGGGAGGCAGGCGUGACCCAGUGUCUCGUCCGUGAGCAGGGUCGGCCAUUACAGCAGGAGUGUGUCCACACAACAUGCUUUAUUACAGGUUCAUGGUCUCAUGUGAGUGUAUAUAUAUAUAUUUUUUCCGUCUCAGAUUUGUUGUUUAUGAUUUUUAUCCUGAAGACUUAGUGCUGGACCAUGUGUUAAAGCUCUUCAUUGUACUGUACCAUGCACUGAAGCAUGGAUUUGGGCUGGAUGCUGUGUGUGUGUGUGCGUGUGUGUGUGUCUGGACUGUGGUGUUCCUCUAAUUAUUUUUGGAAAGCUUGUGAGGCAGUCAGAAAGGCCAGAAUGAGAGAACCUUAGUGUCAGCUUGUCACAGCUGAGGCUACUGCUGUUCUUGAAUGGCACACGCUGUGAAAAGUUUAAUUUCUUAAAGCUUUGAGCACUGCAGAGAUGGAGAGAAGGCUGUAGAUUACUUUUGACCAGUUGUUCACUGUUAAGAUUCUCCUUAAUUUACCUGAGUUUGGACCAUGAGUUUUGUAUGUUUGGACAUUCUUCUUGCAUUGUUUGUCUUGUUACGUUAUAUUAGAACUCUGGCAAUUUUUGACCCGGGCCUUAUCUCCCGUCCUAUCCCAUCACUGCUCUCUUAUCAGCUGCUUUGUGAUGUGUCUUCUCGAGCCGUGGAUAUACUCAUACAGACACGUGGUUGGUCUGUUCUGUUCGUACCUGCUGGAGUCGUUGGAGGUGUGCAGUUGUCCGCACAGAGCCUAGGCAUACACCUGCUGAUGAUGAAAUGUAUGUCAUGCAGAGCGGCACACAUUGACGGAAAGUGUAAGUCCAGCUUCGGGAGGUCUGGGUACACUGUGUGAUUUUUGGCCUUCAGUCGUCAGUCCAGUCCAAAGCUGCCACGAGUAGUCAUUUGCAAGACAGUUUUGCCGUUUACCAUUACCAGUGCCAUUUUGAUCAAAUCGAUUUAUCCCGUAUCUGAUUUUCUGCCUUACUUUGUCAUUACGACUUUGCGUUGUAGGCUGUUGUUUGGAAAACAGCAGUUUGAAGGUGUCACUUUGGACUUAAUUGUUAAAAUAAUCAAAGCAGCAGUCAGCAAUAAUAAAAAUAAAUGUUAGUUGCAGCCCAAAAUCCAGGUUGGUCCUGCGUUUCACUAUGAGGCACAUCCACCGAUGGUCCAUUUAGAGCUUUGGUCACCAAAGACAGCGAAGACGUUAAGAACCGCGUGGUUUCUCUGUGACGAGAGCACGACAGAUGUUGCACACACAUCUGCUCUGUGAUAUAGUGUGUGGAUGCAGGUUUUUAAUGUAGUGAAAAUGUUGAGAAACCAACUGACCAUGAGGUCCAUUGAAUAAACAUUCUAGAUCAUAUCACGUGUUCGUCAGUAGAUGUUCCAUGAAAAGCGUGUGAACUGAUUGCCACAGACUAACUACUUAAUGGCCUGAGUGGGGAGAUGAUUUCUGUGUGGGAUGAACCUAAAUGAAACCACGAACACGCGAAUAUGUCUGACGAUAAUGACGUGAAUAUCGCUUGGUUCUGAACAGUUAAAAGUUCCCUUGCUGGACUUUGGGGAAACCAUAAUUUUAUAAGACAAACAAUGAACUGAUUCACAGAGGAAGUGAUCAACAGAUUAGUUGAGGAUUUUAAGAAAGAUCCUUCAUUCCAGCUUUGUAGUGCUGUGAUGGACCAAGUCUGGUGGGUAGGGGUGUCACAAAAUAUUGAUACAAUUGAGUAUUGAUUUUUUAAUUCCUAAUUUACAUGCAAAGAUAUUUAUAGUUGUGGUUCAGCUUGAUGGCAGCGUUGUAACCUGUAAUCCAUUUGACUUGUCUAAGCCAAUUUAGCAACAUGAGCUGAGACAGGAAGCGCAUGCCACUAGUGUAAACGCAAAAGAACACAGGCAUAUGAGACAGGAUGUUUACUCGUAAACCCGGUGUCAUGAUGCGUGUCUGCUGACUCUUUCCCACGGUGAACCUGGACGACGGCUGGUAUUACGCAGUGUGCAGGGUCUGCGCUCAGGCUUUUGUUGGUGUGCGUCUCUCACGUCGGUGCUGACAGGCUGACAAAAGCAGCUUGUGCUUCGGUUCCUCCAUGGCCUCGGAACCAGAAGUGUUAAUAAUGCACCACUUCUCACUUCAGUGGUAUUUUUAGCUUUAAAUGAUGCAUGUCGUUACAAGAACCAGUGUGUGCAUUGAAAUGGCUUUUGCGUUUGUGUUGCUGUUCAUAUUUGGAAACUCUGAUGUGGAUCCGCAUCUAGUAAAGCAGCUGAUGAGAUUUUCUUGACAAUAGAUGGAUGGGCAGGAUGGAGCAAAUUUGGUUUUGGUAUGAAAUGGCCAGAGUGAUGUAUAUAGUUUGUUUUUAUAGUUUUAAAGCCCGUCGGUCAGUACAACCAGGCUUCCUCCACACAGACGCUGCAAGGACUUGUGGGAAAGGCCUUUUUUCUUUAAUUCUUUAAGUCACGGUGGAUAUAUCCUGACCCCACCACCACAGAAGCCCCCGCAGCAGUGAUUGUUGGAGCAGCCUGUAUAUCAUUUGGAGAUUUUUCUUUUUUCUUUUCCUCCAAAGCAGACGUGGCUGAACCUCGUGAGUUAAGCCACAAAGCUUUAACAUUUCAUAUCAGCUAAUGGGAAGAGCAGAGUCACCAGUCGGACUGAUGUUGUGCUGAAGGUUGUUGCUGUCUGGGGAAUAGUGUUUGCUUUAGCUGAUGAUUCUCUUGUGCUAUGCCUUUCUAAGCUUAGUACCACAUUUUUAUUAUUGUUUUUUUUUUUGCACAUGAGAACAAAUCGGCCGGGGUUGAUGUGUUUGUGGACUGUGUAGCAGUAAUAUGGAGCAUUGUUGGGAAGUGGUCUUCAUCACGACAUUGUAUCCAGAACUCUGGGUGAUCAGCUGGUUAGGGUGUAGAUAGGACCGCGUAGUUGCAGGACCCCCCUCCCCAUCACCUCUGCACAUACACUACCCCAUGUUCUGUUGCUAAAGUAUUUAAUGGAGCAUUCAUGCCUUAAUUACUUAUUACUGUUUGUAGUGAAAUAUGAGAAGAAGUGUUAAGAUUUUGUCUCUUAAAAAAUACUUAAAAAUAUUAAGCCACUUCCAUGAGGGACAAGACUCAAUGUCCUGGUACAGUUGACUCUCAAACAUUUUCUGUCACGAACCCCCCAUCCAUCCCCAAAUGACAUUUUGAACUGCAUGUUACCUUUUGUUUCUACAUAUGAUUUGUUGCACAAAGUUAUGUUUCCAGGCUACAUUGGCAUUGAACUCGGCACCAAGACAGGCUACAUUGUGUUUCCUUGACUUCAGUUUUCUUCCCCAGCCCCACAGUUUGUGUCUAGGGGGUAACCUGGCCCCUACAUCAUGUUCUCAAGCCCUCAUUUUCCCUCUCCUGGAGUUUGGAGCAAAACAAACCUUAAUAAUUAUGGAACAUCUUUUCUCCUUCUCUUGUACAACGAUAUGAUUUUAAACCAGUACUUACAGUGUAGUUUGAUAGCAGCAUUCUAAAUUAUUAUCAGCAAACAUCUCCUUUAGGCAUCAGUGCCCAGAACUGUAUAUGUAUAUGAUGGACUUUUACCCCCAUGUCCUUUGGGACAUGGUGGUUCCUCUUUCAGUAGAGAAAGAUAAGAGCCAAAAACACUGAAAACUACACUUCCCCUAAUGCAGCUCAAAGUUUCCCUCUUUUCUCUGUAAAUGCAGAUUUGCAGCUCUUUGUUACAAACCCAGGGGUGGUAUAAGCCUGAUGACGUCGCUGUGACAUCAUCAGGAUUAUGAACAAGUUACUGAUCAUUAUGUAUAAGACUGGCGGUGUGGAUGAGGCACAUCAGUCAAAAAUGACAGUACUGAAUAUAUCCAUAUCACCAACUGACUGUAUUUAACGGAGACGCUUCCUCUCCUUCUUCCACUGUUGCGUUUUAACAUUCUUUCCCUCUGUUUAAUUGAAAGAACGGAGUCAGGAUAACUACAUUUAGAAAGAGUGUCGGUGUUAGGAGGUGGUGUGACAGGAUGGUGAGCACACUGUGUUCCAUUAUUGUCAUGGAUAUUCUGAGUGUCUAGCAACCCCUGCUCCGGACGCCAAGUGCUGAACUGACAUCAUUUGUGUAAAUGGUUUGUUUUAGUCCUUGGCU